CAUUGCGCCUGCGUUCUUCGCAGAUGUCCUACCCGCAACCUAGAAGUUUCUUUGCUCUACCUUGAGCUAAUCGUCGUAUGCUUAAUGGAGAAAAAAUAUAGGUUCAUAACAUUACUCUUUUUCUAAAUCUUUCUGAUUUUGGGCUAAUGUUAGUCUUAAUCUGCAUAAAUCCUAGCAAGCUAGGGUUGCUCUCGUCAGUAAUUGUUCUUCAUGUUGUUAUCUCGAUCUCUGCCUUAUCUUGGUCUUAAUACUUCAAAAUCCUAUUUUGAUAGGGUUAAGAUCUAAGCUUCAAUCAUCUCGAGCAACAACAAUGAAGUAACAGACGACAAUAACGGGGGUGCAAUCCACAAUUAUGAUUUCUGAAAACUCAGCGGCUCAGCCUCCGUCUAUGAUGAAGGAUUAAUAUUGUUGUAGAAGGCUUAGCUCACUGAUUCCUACAUGGUAUCAGAGCUUCCAUGCAGCUACGCAGCCGCAGUAACUAUGGAUAGAAAUGCCGCCGGAGGAAAUUCUGCUGGAAGUGCAGCAGGAGCAGCCACUCCGGUCAGUCAGAUCCAAGCUAAUCAAAAUCCGGUUUACAGAGUAGAUGAACUGGAUGAUCCUUUGUAUCUUCACGCAACAGAGAAUCCAAACACCAUACUUGUCUCUCCUCCUCUUACUGAGAGCAAUUAUGCAGCCUGGAGCAGGUCCAUGAAGAUUGCACUUGGCGUGAAGAACAAAUUUGCAUUCGUUGCUGGUACGAUUCCCUGUCCAGCUCAAUCAGAUGCUAGAUACGGAACUUGGAAGAGGUGCAACGAUAUUGUUUGCGCCUGGAUCUUACGUUCACUUAGUCCAUCUAUUGCUGAGAGUGUGUUGUACUUUGAGGUAGCAGAAGAGAUCUGGAAUGCUUUGAAGAAAACAUAUUCUCAAGCAGAUCCACACAAUAUUGCUGAGAUUCAGAAUGAGAUCUACAGAAGUGUGCAAGGUAAUCUAUCGAUUAAUGAAUAUUUCACUAGAUGUAAUGCUCUUUGGGAACAAUUGAAAACUGUUAGACCACUGCCUGUUUGUGAAUGCACACCUAGAUGCAAUUGCACACUUCUGAGCAAAGUUCUAAAGGAUAGGGAGGAUGAUCAAGUAAUUAGGUUUCUAGAUGGCUUAAAUGAUGAAUAUGAAACUAUCAAAUCUGGUGCACUGGUCAUGGAUCCCCUACCUAGUAUGGAAAAAGCUCUUAACAUGGCUUUGAAGCUAGAGAGAAAGCUCAAUGGUUCUAGUGGCUAUAAGACCUCUGAAAUUGGUCAAUCUAAUGCUAUUCAAAAUCAAACUGGAGAGGAUCAGAAUAUUGUGGCAAUGGCUAGCUCAAACAACAAGAAGAAAUUCAAUGCCUAUGGAGGGAAAAAUGUGACCAAAUGCACAUAUUGUGGAAUGAAUGGCCACACUAUAGACAAGUGUUUUAAGAAGCAAGGGUAUCCACCUGGCUGGAUACCUGGUUACAAGACUAAAUACAAGCAGAACCAAAGCAAUCAAGACAGUCAGCACAGCUUUAGUCCUUCUGUGAAUCAAGUUGCAGAUGUGGGAUUGCCUGCUGACCAGUUUCAGAAGCUGGUUUCUCUUUUGCAAAAUCAGAACCAAGGAAGCCAAGCUAACCAAGCUUCCACCAAUGCUGCAAUUACCAUGAGUAAGACUGGAAUGAGGCAAGAGAUCAUCAGUUCCUCUGCUGAUACAGAAGAAGGGGCUACAUGGGAUGAUGGAUGGUUUUGCUAAGGCAAAGGAUGGACUCUAUCUUCUAAGCCAUCCUCCUGUUAAGAGAAAUCAGUGUGUUGAUUUUGAUAAACACUGUAAUAGCUUAUCUUUGCAAAUG